CCAACGUACGAGAUACUAUAUAGCCUAUAAAUACCCACGUAAAUUAAGCCCCCCAAAGAAUCCAUUACCACCUUGAAUAUCAGUCCAACAAAAUCUCCCACUCCUAUCUAGUAGUUCACUUCGACCUUCGCUAUUAUACAAACAACAGUCCUUUCUAGCUACUCUCUUAUCUCGAAAUAUGAAGCCCGUUUCUGCAACUCUGCUGAUUGUUUCGCUUCUUCUUACCUCAUCUCUCCUCAGAACCACCGCGGCUCAGGCUGAUACAAGUUAUCCUUGCAAUUCCAAGUGCCAGGACAGGUGCGCCUUGGCUGGAGAGAAAAAGCGUUGCCUGGAUUACUGCGGGAUUUGUUGCCAAAUAUGCAAAUGUGUGCCUCCGGGUACGUCCGGAAACAAGUCAGAGUGCCCUUGCUACGGAGGCUUGCGCAACUCCAAGGACACCUCCAAGUGCCCUUAGAGAGAGAGAGAGAGA